AUGACCGCUAAUGGCAUCACCAAAUCCCCUAGAGUGUACUCCGACGAGAACGAGCGGCGGCGAUAUGAACACCACGAAGCUGACGUUGCGAUAGUGGGUGCUGGAGUUGCUGGCUGUGCUCUGGCCGUCGCAUUGGGGAAACAAGGGCGCAGCGUGGUCCUCCUAGAGAGGUCGUUGAAGGAACCAGACCGUAUUGUAGGCGAACUAUUACAACCGGGAGGAGUGAGGGCUCUGGAGAAGCUGGGGCUGAAGCACUGUCUUGAAGAUAUCGAUGCGAUUGAGUGCAAGGGUAUGGACGUGAUAUAUCACGGGGACGAAGUUCCUAUCCCUUAUCCGAAGGAUGAACACGGGGUUCCGUUUACCGGUCGUUCUUUUCAUCAUGGUCGCUUCAUCAUGCGCCUCCGUGAUGCGGCCAGGAAGACACCUAACGUCACAAUUUUUGAGACUACGGCUGUCUCUGUGAUCCACUCGUCAACGGAUGAUGAGGCGCUUGGUGUGCACUGCAUUACGGAUGGGCAGAAGGACUACUUCUUCGCUCCCCUCACCUUCAUUGUGGACGGAUACGCUUCCAAAUUCCGCAAGCAAUAUCUGACCACAAUACCGAAAGUGAAGUCAAAAUUCUGGGGUCUGGAGUUGAUUGACGCAGAACUUCCUCGGAAAAAUUUUGGCCAUGUCGUACUACCUGAUGGGCCCCCCAUCCUUCUGUAUCAGAUCGGUACGCACGAGACCAGAAUAUUGGUUGAUAUCCCCGAAAACCUACCAUCUGCGUCGCUGCAGAACGGUGGUGUCAAGGGUCAUUUACGAAAUAACGUCCUCCCGUCCCUCCCCGAAUGCGUACAACCUGCUUUUGCGAAGGCCCUUGACAAAGGGGCCCUGCGAUCUAUGCCCAAUUCCUUCCUCCCCCCCACCACGAACAAGACUCCUGGUCUAGUAUUUAUUGGCGAUUCACUGAAUAUGCGACACCCAUUGACUGGAGGUGGCAUGACAGUUGCCUUUAACGACGUGGUCACUCUCUGUAACCUCCUUAGCCCCGAGAACGUCCCUAGAUUAUCAAACAAACAACAGGUUCUUAAACAAAUGUCUAAGUUCCACUGGGAAAGAAAAGGGUUAACGACUGUCAUUAAUAUCCUAGCGCAAGCGUUAUAUUCUCUCUUUGCUGCGGAUGACCCCUACCUUGAAGUCCUCCAAAGAGGUUGCUUCCGCUAUUUCCAGCUGGGCCUGGUUGAUGGACCCAUCAGCCUCCUCGCGGGGGUCAACCCGCACCCGUGGAUCCUCAUCAAACAUUUCUACUCAGUUGCCUUCCUCUCAAUAUGGGAUGCUUUAUCGUUUUCUGGACUGCUUGUCGAGUCAUCUUCCCUUUUAUAUUCGCUGAGAUUAGAUAUUAAAGCAGAAGUUAAAGAAAGUUAG